AGCACGGAGAGAGAGCCACGUAGAAGUAGUGCCUUAAGAACUCGCUCCCAAGCACUCCUACGACAAACAUGGAGGGAGAGAUGGGGUAUAGUGAUUGAGAAAGUGAGCUUAGAGAAACGAGCCAGAGCGAGAGAGAGAGAGAGACAGAGAGACAGAGAGAGAUGGGUUUGGAUUCGGUAGGGGAUCUAGCCCUUAACGUUAUUCUGACCAAGUUAGGCCCUAAAGAGACGGCCACAGCUGCGUGCGUCAACAAGAAGCUUAGGUCUUUGGCCUCCGAGGAUUCCCUCUGGUUCAAGUUCUGCUCUCAAGAUCUCCAUCUCAAUCAUCCUCUUGACCCUCUCGGAAACUCUACCCCGUCUUUUAAGGUGUCUUAUCAAUUAUGGCGGGAAGCUUUCAGCAUGUAUCCUUGGCUCCUGGUCAUGAGAGUUAAUAGAUGUUGGGGCAGACUUAAGAACUGGUUCGACAUUAAUUUUCCAGAAGCAAAAGCUACACUUCGCAAGGGUGUAUCAGAAGCUGAUAUUCAAGAGUCGGAGAGAAUCCUGAAAGUGAAACUGCCUCUACCCACAAGGAUCCUCUACCGUUUUUGUGAUGGUCAAGAAUUUACAAAAUCUUUAGUAAGUUCACAUGGAAGCUCAUUGGGCCUCAUAGGUGGCUAUUCUUUUUAUCAACACUUUGUAAAUGUGUAUUUGUUACCUUUAACUGAGGUGAUUUCAGAAACAAAGGCAAUUGUACGUCGUCCUAGGUUCUCCAGCAGAUCAAAGUAUAUUGUUGUGGCUGCUUCUUCCACAAAUGUCGAAAAGUUCUUUUUCCUGAACUGUACCACUGGUCAACUCUAUGUUGGUACUGCAAAUCUUCCAACUCAUGGAGAAAUGAUUCCUUGUGUACCAAAUGCAUUAAUAAGUUCGGUGCACAAUUUCAAUGGUGAUCAACAGCCGGACGCAAUGCUGCUAUGGUUAGAAGAACAUGUACGUCGCUUAGAAAAUGGAAUAAUUAAACUCCGUGAGGAAGGUGGUUUCAAAAGUAUCAAUCUGUUUCCAGAGGAACCUCCACUCUGUUCCACUGCUAUAACCAAUGGAGUUAAAGUACGUGCUUCUGCUGUGUUUGUUCCGGAGUCUGCUGAUCUUCAAAACGAUAAUGAGAUGUAUGCAUUUUCUUAUUCAAUCCGCAUGUCCCUCCUGCCUGAAGGAUGUUUUAUUCAAGGAAUAUGCUUCAAUUCAUGUCAACUGCAUCGAAGGCACUGGAUCAUCCGUGCUAAUGACAUUGUGAUAUCUGACGUGAAUGGUGAAGCUGUAAUAGGAGAGUUCCCACUAUUGCUUCCAGGUGGGAAAGAAUUUGUUUAUGAGAGUUGCACGCCUCUACCAACUUCUUUGGGCUCCAUAGAGGGCUCUUACACAUUUGUCCCUGGCAGUUGCGACAAUCAUGAUCUCACCUGUAGGCCUCGAGUGAGAUCCUGUAAACCUUUGAAAGAGAUUGUUGUCAUUAGGUGCAUGGCUAAUGAGCCACUCCCGGCGUUGUUCUCCGCCCCUUAAUCUAUGGUUAAAAAACCCAAAAGGUGCUCCAUUUGAAGUUGAAGUAGCAAGGGUUCCCCUCCAGUUGCCAGACUACAUUUUCUGAUGCCUGUAACUCGAGCAUAUAUGAUUACGUAUGAUGUGGUUUUUGUUAAUAUUUAUGAAAGCUUGUUACCUUUUCUUGGAUGUUGCCUGUGCACUAGUACUGUGUUGUGCAGCUACAAACAUAUGAAUGGUCGUUAUAAGGCUCAUGUCUCGUUUCUUUAUUUGGAGUUAGCUCUGAAUAUAUGAAGGAUUCGUAUUUCGUAUUUUGUAUUUCUUUAUCUUGUGCACUCUCAGGAUUAGUCGGGAUGCUCUUCCCAGACAUUUGAUGCCAAUAAAUAAAUAAAUAAAAGCUCCAAAUAUAUGGAGGAUUCAUAUGCUUA